AAGAAAGAUCCAUUUUUUUCGGUUCGUUCUCUCCCGGGUUACGAAUCAAGAGCUACACAGACACACUGUUUCCUGUUUCUCCCCUGAUUUCAAACAGAACUAGGGUUUGUUUUCACAAAUUUUGGAUAUUUUUUUCUGUAAUUUGGAACGAAAAAAAAGAAGCAAAAUUUGGAUGAAAGGAAACCAGAAAGAUUCGUCGGAAAAAACCGAUAUGGGAUCGGAGCUCAUCAAGUACAUCUAUACCCGGAAUGUGGUCUUUAACCCGACCCGGUCCAAAACUUAUGGUUUGGCUAAUCUGCUUCAUUGUCUUCACUUACAUUAUCUACAUGCUUAAGCUUGUCUCUACCUCACGUUCCUGUGACGAUUCCAUUUCUCUCACCACCGUCUCUGCUCUCUCCACAAACGUCUCUUCAAAUGUCUCGUCUUUAUCCACCACCUUAGCUUCACGGCGGAGAGAAUGGGAGGAAGAAGAAGAAGACACGGUGGUGGAUAAGCUGACGGAUCUUAACCACGUGGUGUUUGGGAUCGCUGCGUCGUCUAAGCUAUGGAAACAGAGGAAAGAGUAUAUCAAGAUCUGGUAUAAACCAAAACACAUGCGUGGCUACGUUUGGUUAGAUAAAGAGGUGAAAAAGAGCGUUAGUGAUGAUGACGACGACGAGAAGCUUCUUCCGCCGGUGAAAAUCUCCGGCGGAACUGCUUCUUUUCCUUAUACUAACAAACAAGGACAACGUUCGGCGUUACGGAUCUCGAGGAUUGUUUCUGAAACGCUGCGUUUAGGUCCGAAGAAUGUGAGGUGGUUCGUGAUGGGUGAUGAUGAUACUGUGUUUGUUACUGAUAAUUUGAUUAGGGUGUUGAGGAAGUAUGACCAUGAGCAGAUGUAUUACAUUGGGAGUUUGUCGGAAUCUCAUUUACAGAACAUAUUUUUCUCGUAUGGUAUGGCUUAUGGUGGAGGUGGGUUUGCUAUAAGUUAUCCAUUGGCUAAAGCUUUGAGUAAGAUGCAAGAUCGGUGUAUACAGAGGUAUCCUGCAUUGUAUGGAUCAGAUGAUCGCAUGCAAGCUUGUAUGGCUGAACUUGGAGUUCCACUUACUAAAGAACUCGGAUUUCACCAGUACGACGUUUACGGGAACCUCUUUGGCCUUCUAGCUGCACACCCAGUAACACCGUUCGUCUCAAUGCACCACCUCGACGUGGUGGAACCGAUCUUCCCGAAUAUGACACGUGUCCGUGCUCUAAAGAAGCUAACCCAACCUAUGAAGCUUGACUCAGCCGGGCUUCUCCAGCAGUCGAUAUGCUACGACAAGCACAAGAGCUGGACCAUCUCAGUCUCCUGGGGCUACGCGGUACAAAUAUUCCGCGGAAUUUUCUCUCCCCGGGAAAUGGAAAUGCCUUCUAGAACCUUUUUGAAUUGGUACAAACGGGCGGAUUACACUGCUUACGCCUUUAACACCAGGCCAGUUAGCCGUAAUCCAUGCCAAAAACCGUUUGUGUUUUAUAUGUCGAGCACGAAAUUCGACCAACAGCUGAACACGACGGUUAGCGAAUAUACAAUACACCGUGUUUCGCAUCCUUCUUGCCGAUGGAAGAUGACAAACCCAGCUGAAAUUAACACCAUCCUCGUUUACAAGAAACCCGACCCUCAUCUAUGGGAAAGGUCACCUAGGAGGAAUUGUUGCAGAGUAUUACAAACAAAGAGGAAUAAUACGUUAUGGAUCAAUGUUGGUGUAUGUAGAGCAGGUGAAGUCACUGAAGUUAAGUAAUUUUCUUAAUCUAGUUUUUUGUAUUAAUUUUUUUAUUAAGGGAAGAAAAUUAGAGUUUUUUU